AUGGCAGCAUCACGACUCACCCUACAAGGACUCCGAGCUAGACCGGCAGUCUUAUCCGCAUUUGUAGUUGUUGGUGUUGGAGCAUACCUUGGCACGCGCUCAGUUUAUGCGGAGUCGAAUGAGCCUAAGAAGAUUUUUGGAGGAUUUGGAUUUACUACAUUGCGAUUGAAGAGCUCUGAAGCUGUGAAUCACAACACAAAACGAUUGGUUUUUGAGUUUCCCGAUGAGAACGCAAAGAGUGGACUUUCAUUAACAUCUUCUCUCCUCACAAUUUCUCGACCUGGUGGCCGAUGGUUACCCGUGUUGAGGCCAUACACCCCUAUCAGUGCUCUGGAUCAACCCGGAUCCAUUGAGUUCAUGGUAAAGCAAUAUCCAAAUGGCAAAGCCAGUACACAUCUGCAUUCCCUUCAACCCGGUGACACCUUAACAUUUGCCGCGGCACUGAAAGGGUUCUCAUGGGUUCCCAAUCAAUUUAAACAAGUACACCUUAUCGCCGGUGGUGCUGGAAUUACACCCAUUUAUCAGCUUCUUCAGGGCAUUUUGAAUAAUCCGGAAGAAAAAACUAAGGUCAAUUUGGUUUUCGGUGUCAACACAGAACAAGAUUUACUCCUUAAGGAAGAGCUGGAGCAGUAUAAGGAGCGAUUCCCCGAUCGGUUCAACUAUUCAUUUGCGGUUAGCAGCUUGACUGAGGACACAAAGUCUUUGCAUAAGGGCUAUGUUAAUGAAGAAUUACUCCGUGGUGUUAUUUCUCAAACGAGCAAGGAUACGAAAGUAUUCGUUUGUGGACCGCCAGCUAUGGAGAGUUCACUGGUUGGAUCAAGGUCAACACCAGGAAUUUUAGCUCACCUGGGAUUCACAAAGGAUCAAAUAUACCAAUUUUGA